AUUAAUUUCAAAUCAUGGAUUAACCUUAAAAGGAAGCUCUCUGUAUACAUGUGCAUUAUCAUAGAAUGGGAUCAAAUUUAAGAUGAAGAAUCGUAGCCCUAAUAGCCAGAGUAAAAACAUUAUACAAGUAACAAACCGAAACCAAAAAUGUAAUCGAGAGGGGAGAUAGAGAAAUUGAUUGAUGAGUGUCCUGAUGAGGAAAUCUUACUUAAUAUUGUGAAAUGUCACUUUGAUGCAACCAUUGAAGAAGUGAAACAAUCUUUCCCAAAUUUUGAUUUCCUAAAAGUUGAAAAUUACAAUCCAGGCAGUUUUAGUUUGCUCUUUAAGAAUAAGGAAUAGGCCAAAGAAUUCCUUUUCACAACCAAGGAAACUGUAUAAACACAUUUCCUAUCAUCAGAAAAUUAAAGACAGAGGCUUUUGGAUUAAAUUCCCACCUAGAUUUUAGAAGUCCUCAUAAAAAUUGACAGAUAAUCCAAAUAAGUAAAAUCCAUUGCCAUCUACAGGCAACAAAUUUGUAGAUGCUCCAUAGAAAAAUAAAGAUCAAUAUAAUAGAAAAGGUAUAGGUUAUUUAAUUUUAUAGAACAUGAUGGAAAACAAUUUAAUAGAAGUGACGGAUAAAAGAACUAUAAAAAGAAAGAUGAAGAAGAUGAUGUAAUAGUUUUAUGAUUAAAAUAAGGGUUGGGAAACUGUUAUGCCACAUAGAAUGCCAAAACAAUAUAAACCAUACAAUAGAAAACCUUAAUAAUAAUAAUAAUAAUAAUAAUAGGGUGUUAAGAAAAAUUGAGAAAAUAUAUAUCUUUUAAUAAGUAAAUUUAUUAAAAU